CUUUAUCUUUACAGUGCAAUGAACUUUAAUUUCUUAUUUUAUUCAUUAUAAAUGAGAGAGAUUGUGACUUUAUACGAAUGGUGAUAACAUUAUGAAAAUUUUGCCCAGUUCUUCCCAAUAAGAUUUUAAUAACAAAGGCAAUUAAAAAUGGCAUGGACACAUUAUCAACGUAUCUUAGCUGUUCUUAUGGUCGUUACUGGAUCAUUUAAUACUCUAUCUGUAAAAUAUGCAGAUCGACAAAUUGUACCUGGUGAAGAUGGUCAGCCCAGACAUUUUAAUCAUCCUUUCAUGCAAUCUUCCUUCAUGUUUAUUGGUGAAAUGAUGUGUUUUUUAGUAUUUAAGAUCUUUUACCAUUAUUAUAGUCGCAGAGGUGAUAAUUCUGUGGAUAACAAUCCUUUAACUAAAGGUUCACAUGUAUUUAAUCCUUUUGUUCUACUUAUCCCUGCAUUAUGUGAUACAUGUGCCACUUCUAUUAUGUAUGUUGGCCUGAACAUGACAUACGCAAGUAGUUUUCAAAUGCUACGUGGUGCUGUUAUUAUAUUCACAGCUAUACUUUCAAUGAGUUUUCUUGAAAGAAAAUUAGGUUCUCGAGAAUGGAUCGGUAUAGGAAUGGUUAUAGUUGGUUUAGCUGUUGUUGGACUCAGUGAUAUAAUAACUAUGGAAGAUGCAAAUGUUAGCACAAAUUCUAUUUUAACAGGAGACUUACUUAUUAUAUGUGCUCAGGUUAUAACUGCAGUUCAAAUGGUGAUAGAAGAGAAAUUUGUAGCAGGACAAAAUAUCCCAGCAUUGCAAGCAGUUGGUUGGGAAGGUAUAUUUGGAUUCAUCAGUAUAUGCAUCAUCAUGAUUCCUUUUAAUUUUAUACACGCUUCACCUCCGUUUGCUGACAAUUCUCGAGGCACUCUUGAAGCCACUAAAGAUGCAUUGAUCCAAAUUGGAAACAGUGGACAUCUAUUGAUGGCAAUAAUUGGUAUAUCGUUCAGUAUAGCCUUCUUCAACUUUGCUGGUAUUAGUGUUACCAAAGAAAUAAGUGCUACUACAAGGAUGAUUUUAGACAGUGUUCGAACUAUGUUUAUAUGGAUUUUUUCUUUAAUAUUUCGGUGGCAAUCGUUCCAUUAUUUACAGGUAAUUGGAUUUGCUAUCCUACUUGUAGGAAUGUCGUGCUACAACAACAUCAUUAUCCCACAAUUAGUAAGAAAAUGCAGAUAUCACUUAGGCCGUCAUAGACCACCAACAAACGACUCUGAAAGAAUUAUCAAUACUGCAGCAGACGACAUUCCAGAAACUCAAUAACGUGUAUUUUAUCCUUAUAUUUGAAUAUUGCUAAUGUCGUGAUAUUGAGAACUGUUCUAGUUUCUCUGAGGAACGGUGAAGCCUGUGAUCUAAAUCAUUUGUGAAAUUAUAAUUAGCUCUCUUUGAUUCUGAAAUUGAUUACCGCAUUUAAUAGUAUAGCAAAAUUAAAAUAUUUCUGAUCAAGUGUGCUAUCCAGUUUUAGAAUAAUCUUUUUAAAUUAAUAAUUUCUAAUCUACUGCUCCUGAAUGAUAUUAUCAGGCCUGUACAAGUAGUGUGUUUUGAAUAGUGAGCACUUACCAUCAGAAGUGAUUUAGAGGAGUAGGAGUUUGUUCAUUUUCUUUCCUAUUCUGUCAGUGUUAGAUUUCUAUUAACAUUUGCGUGGUCACUGGCUUUUUCCAUUGUGCAUGGCUGCUACUUUUUAUGGCGUAGUUUAUUCGAUGGGGUACCGAGUUGCGCGGGCCUGGUAUUAUAAAUGAAAUAAGAGUAUUUUGUAUCUAUACAUUUAAAUGUAUUUUAUUACCAUGGAAGAAAUACGUUAAUAGGUAUCAAUGUAAAAAAAUUAAUUACUACACAA